AGAGGAUGGAGCUAUAAAGGAUCAAAAGAGCAGCAAGGGAAGCCAGGUGUCAUUUUAGCUCUCAAGACACUUCCAAGGCAAGAAGUCGUUAUCCGAAGAAGAUGAAGAGCUUCAUGGAAGUGACCACGCUGAUUGCAUGUAGUGUUUUGGUGGCCCAAGCAAACUUCAUACAGUUUGGACAUAUGAUCAAAGAACUCACCGGGAAAAAUGCCCUACCAGAUUAUACCUCAUACGGAUGUUAUUGCGGAGUGGGUGGCCGAGGAGAACCCAGAGAUGCGACGGACCGCUGCUGCUUCGCUCACGACUGUUGUUACAAACGGCUGAGCAACUGUAGAACCACAACAGACAGAUAUCAAUAUGAUAUUGAGAACGGAACAGUAAUAUGUGGUGAAGGAAGCUGGUGUAAGAUGGAGAUCUGUGACUGUGACAAGACAGCCGCCCUCUGCUUCCGAGACAACCUCGACACUUACAGCGACCAUUACCGUUUUUACUCCAACCUCAACUGCAAUGAAAAGCCGCCCCGAUGUUGA